AUGGCACAAGAGUUAGAUGACCUUGACGAGGUCAGAUUGGGCGCUUUAGAUAGAUUGAAGGCCCAAAAAGAGGCCGUGGCUCGAGCAUACGAUAAGAAGACCAAGGCCAAGAGUUUUGGGGUCGGAGAUUUAGUAUGGAAGACCAUUCUUCUAGUGGGAUCAAAGGAUCCAAAAUUUGGCAAGUGGUCUCCAACUUGGGAAGGCCCAUUUCUCGUCCACCAAGUGUUAGGAAAGGGGGCGUACAAGUUAAGUGACCAAAAUGGACGGGUCCAUGAUGCGCCGAUCAAUGGUCGAUUUUUGAAAAAAUAUUACCCAACGGUUUGGGAAAUGGCGGAGAGAUAA